UGAUAAACUAAUCGAACUUCGUCGCGCUGUCAGUUGAAGCGAGCAAAAAAUAGUAAAAAAGAGACAUAGCCAUCGGCAUCAGAUCCAAAAAGGUACUAUCGAUCGUUCUCGUCUUCGUCACUAGUCCAAACAAAAGUCCGUCAUCGUUUUAAAAACAGCUUCACUCCCUCACUCUCGCUUUUGAUGUAUUCUGCUUUUUAAACUUAGCGUCAACAUUGCCCACUCUGUGGAGUCAACUAGUAUGUAAUUGUUUAUUGUUUAUACGAAGUGGUUAAUUGAUUAAAUUUAAAAGGGAGGCAGCAUACAGCCCUAACGCAAAAAAAAGUCGUCGCAGAACUUAAUGCGCGCAUUUGGUUGAGUAAGUGGAUUGGAAUCAUUUCUGAGUUUAUGAAGAUAGCUGAGCCUGAGUCAGGCCACCACAAUUUUACCGCGUCCUACUACGGCCACGGCCACAACAAAAAGAAAUCAAGAAAGACAAAAGCGCGAAGAUGUCGUCGUGUUCUCUCCAGGAAUCGUCCUCUUCGCCUCGUGCUCCUCCAUUCCCAGAAGCUGGAGAGAAGGCUGCGUCCAAGUCUUGUCGUUCGCGGCCAUCAUGCCGGUCUAUGGUCAUGCGUUUCACGCACACUCCCGAUGCGAGGCAGCUUAUCUUCGUCAUGGUCGGUCUGCCGGCAAGAGGCAAGAGCUUUAUUGCUCUCCUUAAGGCUUCCCCAAAUCCAUCUCCGGAAGCAUCCUUAUUAAGCUGUCCCAUGGGGAGUAAGGAGCAUCAAACAAGACGCGGCUCAAGAUCGAUGGGUAAGGUACUAGGGUGGGCUCUAAUCUACAGCUGAAGCGUUUCAUGAGUUGGAGGGGUAUUGAGACCAAGGUCUUCAACGUUGGCAAUUUUCGUCGAGCGACUGAGACAGGGGUUCAAGACGCGAGUUACUUCGAUGCGCAGAACGAAAAAUUCAAAAACAGGCGCGAAGAAUUGGCAAUGCUGGUGCUGGACGACUUGUUGGAGUGGCUGGGGACGGAAGAAGAAGCAGGAGUAGCAGGAGUGGGAGAUGUGCGAGGAGAAGAAGCAGGAGUAACAGGAGUGGGAGCGAUGGCUUCGGAUGUGUUUUCACUUAUGGUGGACACGACUUGUUGUGGAUGCUUUUUUGAAGAAUUCAGCGUUGAUCGUCUGGUCGAUGCCGCUCCGAACUUGGUAUCUUUCUAUCAUCUCUAAGACUUGCACAACGACGCAUCACCACCAAGAUUUCGGAGGUGGAGCUAUAGGCCGUUGCGCAAUUUUUGACGCGACGAAUACUACUCGGUCACGCAGGAACCGGGUUGCAACCGAGAUCUACAACCGUUUGGGCCGUCAUGAAGUUGGUGUUUUAUGGCGAAGGUGUAUUUUGUAUGUGGUGUCGGAGAGAGAGAGAGAGAGGAAAGAUGAAAAAAUCAAGAACAUGAGCGACGGGGAAAAGAUCGUAAACUCCGUGUAGACAGUAAUUCUCGUAUCUUUCAGCACGUCCUCCUCUCCGCUUGGAUAAUUGCAUCUAUCCACCAAGGUAGCACUCUUUUGCUUUCAUCUAACGCGUGUCUUCAUCGAGAGCAUUUGCUCAGAUCCUGACGUGAUAGAGGCGAAUCUACGCGUAAAAUUCGAGAGGAGCCCAGACUAUGCGGGAAAGGAAGCCACCCAAGCACGAACGGAUUUAGAAAGGAGAAUAAAUCACUACGAACGUGUCUAUGAGCCGCUGACUGAAAAGGCUUUUGAGAUUUUAGUGUCGUCAAAGGGAGGUCACGUUAUGUCGUCUCAAAUUAGUGAUAGCAGUGCGGCACAGGAAUCUGCGGAUGCGGAGAAAGCAUUUAUAUCUAUAUCCUACAUCAAGCUGUUCGAUCUGUCUUCCCACGUGACGGCGCACAACAUUUUCGGGAUGGCAUCGGUGACGCUGCUGCCGUAUUUGAUGUUAUGAAGACUGUUCUUGUGGCUUUUCCUUGAGAAACCUAGAGUCAGUUCUUUUUACGUGUUCUCGACGUCAACCAGUUUUUGCAUCGAAAACUCCCUCUAAUGGCAGCCUUACACGUUGGCACGAGACCUGUGUUUUUAUGCAACGUCGACGCAGUGGACAAUGCGCAAGGUGGCCUCUCAUGCGAACAAAUUGCGCAAUUUUUGCUUUCUAGUGAGCACUGUCGUGCUGGCUCCGAGCAAGCAGCUGUUGGCCAAGCGGCAGUUUUGGACGAUUUAGACGACUUGAUCGUCUUCAGUUGCACCACAGACUCAGCAAGGCAGUUUGUGCAGAAGUUAGAUGGCGCAUCUUCCUCUGAGAUGAUAGCACCUUCAACAACCGGCGACUCAUCUACAACAAAUCCCACUACUUCUAGAGCACAAAGGAAUCAGACUAUCCGCAUAGCUUCUACGCGCUUCCGUGGGGCUCUGAAUCGGCCGUCGGACAGCUGCAGUGCUUGGGUCGAGAGAGCACAAUUGCUCACGUCUGUCCUCAUAGAAGUGACGCAAACGUGCAGACCGGUCCUUGUCCUAGCUCCUCGAAGCAUUUUAUUAAGGCCCUGCACAAUUCAUAGUCAAGGCUCAUUUUUCUCUGUUUCCUUCUCAUCUUGGAAAUCUCAAGAAAUGACCUGAAGAAGUGAAUUGCUUUUAGCUCGAAUUUUAGAAGUCCUCUAUACUUACUUCAGCGGUUGUGACCCACCAUCUGGUAGUACGAUGGGUUCCUCGCUGAUCGAGUUUUUGCCACGUGGUGCGUGCUUCGCGGAACGGAAGGGGAGUGGAAUGUCGUGAACACGCUGGUAGCAUGAAAUGGAGAGUUUUUUUUGAAAAUGGAAAUCGAAAUGAUGAAAGGGCGUCCCAAAGAAUUUUUUGAUAUUCGAGUUUUGAUCUUCUACCCAUCAUGUUUGUUCAGUUCGGACACAGGUUGCUAUAACUGUGUCUGUGAUCCUAAGGAUAGAUUGACUUUCUAGCUACAGCUUCGCAUUCAAACAAUUAUAGAGGCUUCUUAUUCUUUUGGCUCGGGAAUCGUUUUGAGGAUGC